CCUGCUGGUCCUCGAGCGCGCUCUCCAGCGCGGCGCACACACUACGCGCGGAUGACAGCAAGCGUCGCGUCGCGUCUCUCAAUCUCGCGGAUGUCUCACGUAAACAUGUUCUGCUAGACACUAACAGAAAUAAGAAAACGACGGAGACAUCAUUCAGCUGCAUCAAGAAGCAAGAGGAGCGAGUCAAAGUGAGCGACACUGACGUGGAAUCCGAGCGCUGGAGGGGCAGCAGAGGGCAAAGGUCAGACUAGAGAUGCUAGGCUAUGUCAGACUUCUACACAAUAAAACAACAUGGAGGAGUUUAAAGUUCAGACCGCCAAACAUCCUGUACCCAACAGUUCGCCCAUGAGGCCGCACAGUGAGCACUCGAAAGAACAAGCAGCCAAACGCCUGUCCUCGGCAUCCAACGGCACGAGCGAUGGAGGAGCGGGCUGCAAAACGCCUGUGGAGAUCACUGCGCUGGAGGAGUCAUUCCGACGCUUCGCCAUUCACGGAGACACGCGAGCCACCGGGAAAGAAUUGAACGGCAAGAACUGGUCCAAACUGUGUAAAGACUGCGGCGUCAUCGAUGGCAAGAGCAUCACACUCACAGACGUGGAUAUAGUCUUCUCCAAAGUCAAGAACAAAUCUGGCCGCACUAUUACAUACAGCCAGUUCAAAGAAGCGCUGGUGGAGCUGGCCAGGAAACGCUUCAAAGAUAAGAGCAGCGAGGACGCCGCAGAAGAGCUUCACAAACUGAUAGAAGGAAAAUCACCCGUUAUAUCUGGAGUCACGAGAGCCGUGGCUUCUCCGACCGUGUCCCGUUUGACUGACACCACCAAGUUCACCGGAUCGCACAAGGAGCGUUUCGACGAGACGGGUCGCGGGAAGGGGAAGGCGGGACGCGUGGAAGUGGUGGACACGUCCGGAUACGUCGCUGGAUACAAGCACGCAGGGUCAUACGAGAAGAAGAUUCAAAAACCUCCACAAAAACCCGUGUGAGAUUCUCCAUCCAGCAGUGAACGCGAAACCCAACUCUAAAGCACAAUGGGGGGUAUGUCUUUUUUUCUGUGAAUAACAUUGAGUUUAUGUUCCUCUUCCUUUAAGUGUUUUAUUACUUUUAACUGGAACGCUGUUUACAUCCAAACACUGACGUCACCAGCUGGUACGUUCCUAACAAACACGAUGAUGCCAAGAGAAAGACAAUAUUGCACGCUGUAUUAGUGUUUUUUGCUGAUAAUCCGUCGUAAAUAUUGACAUUAAAUGCAUAUAUGAA